ACCGAAUCCAGCCACUGUCACAGCACAACACAACCUCAAUUUGUUUUUGAUGUUUUGUUGUGGUUCGGAAAAACAUUACAAAAUUGGAAUUCAAAAAAUCAAUAAACAAAAAAAAUACAGAUGAGUCAACCAGACUCAAAUCUGGACCUGCAAGAGGCCGAAAACUCUUUGCAAUCCCUCAGCAUUGCCCAAGAAGGCGACACGCCCAGUUUAACCAUAAAUAAACAAAAAGUUGAUAUUCUACUCAAACCUACUGGAAACGCUCCUAUAAUGAAAAAGAAAAAAUGGACUGUGGACAGUGAUAAACCCAUUGGUUGGAUCAUCGAGUUUAUGAAAAAGUAUUUGAAAAUUGAGAGUCAAGAGAAGCUUUUCCUCUAUGUUAACCAAACUUUUGCUCCUUCUCCAGACCAAACUGUGAGGAAUUUGUAUGACUGCUACAGCACCGAGGGUAAACUAGUGCUUCAUUAUUGCAAAACACAUGCAUGGGGUUAAUUAUUAUUUCUUUGUAUACACAUUUAUUCAUAAAUAAAACUAUAUUAAUCUCCAAUAAUAAUUUCUUCAGGAUCAGGCGCCCUAGGUAAAAAUUCCAAAUCAGGAUACAUUUUUUCAAAUAUCUCUCUAGCCUUUUGGAUGCUUGAAUUAUAAUCCAAGUCAUUAUCAGGACCUGGACACAAAAAUAGAUUUUCAGGCACAUUUUCAAAAUCCAAAUCCGAUGUUUCUGGAAUGGAAAAGUAACAAGAAAAUAUGAUUUGGGGCUGGUCUGAGCCUGAAAACAAAUUCCCCAACGCACCCUUGAAGUCCUCUUGAGGAGUAG